AUGUCUGAUCGAGUUGAAGUAACCGCUUAUGAUGGUUUAACCAAUUUAAGUCAAGAAAUUGAAUUGUCAGGUUUAUUUGUGGCACAAAAAUAUGGUAAACUGGUAUCAAAAUGUGGCUUCCGGUCAACCAGUGAUGAAAGAUUUCUAUGCACUGAUCUGCCAUGUCAUAUUCGGGUCAAAAUUGCUGUAAAAGUACCGUUUAAACUAUUUGCCUUAGUACCAAAUGUUGUGCCAAACAGAACAAAAGUUACCCUAACAGCAUCCAGCUUGCAUAAUCCAUCUGCUAAACUCCAAAACUAUGAAAGUGUUAUGAUCAACCAGAUUGCUGAAUUUUCAAAACUAAAAUUUUUGGGAAAAAGUGGAAGAGGAACAAAAUUUGAUCUGACCAUAACUAUUCAUACUGAACCUGCAAUAAUUGUUAAAGUUUCAAAUGCUGUGAAAGUUACAGCAGAUGGAAUACGUCAGCCAAGAAAACCAAGAGCUAACAACAAAGAAAAAAGACCACGAGGCAGACCGAAAAAGGUUCCAGUAACGCAAGAAAUGGCAGCCGAAAGUAGUUUAAAAAUCAGUACUCCAAAUAAAGAAUCUGCUAUUUCUACCAAUCCGAAUAGCGGCCGUGUCAGUGUCAUUGUUCCAUUCAGUUGGGAUGUACCAUCAAACAGCUCAACAGAAGUCACAUUUUUAGUUCAAGAAAAGGAGGAUCGGCCACUGGAAUUCCUAGAAGACAGAGGCUCAUUAUUUGCUCAAUGGGGUCGAAAGGGAUUUACAGAUGAACUUUUUGGUCUAUCACCAACUACUUCUAUAAGCAGUACACAAGAAACUAUAUCACCGACAACUUGUACCAACACAACUACGCUGUCAUCAGAUUUCGAUUUUCCUAUUGAUUAUUCUGUUUCUAAUCGAAAACAAAAAACAGGUUGUGAAGCUGUUUCGCUAACUGAUACAUCUCUUCUACUGCAGAAACAGUUGCUUGUAAAUUUAGCGCAACCAUCUGUAAUCACUAAUUCAUCUUGUUCUAAUCAAUUCUUUUUAAUGAUGCACAGUAACCCAUAUUUAUUUGGCUGUUUUUCUGAGAUGUAA